AUGGCUACCGUUGGCACACAAGUCGGGCAACAGCCCACUCUCGAGGAUGUGAUGGCCGCUCUGAAAGUCAUCCAACAAAGCCAACAUGAUCUUGCGUCCAUCGUGGAGUCCAUGUCCUCCCAGGCCAGUCCACCGCAGGGGCUUCGUUCGCCUGGGCCCAUCACUCGCUCUGAAGAGUCCGAGAACGCCACAGCAGCUUCGUCCGCGUACGCUCUAGAGUCCAAGGCAACUGCUACACCCCCGCCCGUACCAGGAGAUGUGGCCCCUGAGACGUCGGGUGGCUCGGGGUCACCAGGCCUGAAGUCUGGAUUCACUUCUCGCAUCAUCCUUACUACGUACCCCAAACAGAUUGGCAUCAAGGCGAUCCCGCUGAACUGGGGUGCGGCAGACCCCCAGGAGAGAGGUCCGGUCGUGGUGUCUAGGAACGCGGCAACGAUCCGCCGACGCAAUGCCAUUGGCGCCCACGGCGGCUCCUACUCGAUCUACUACGCUCUGGCCCUGGCCAGCAAAGAGCUGAAGUCCGACCACAGGCCGGAUUUCACGAAUACGGAGCCUGCUGCUAACAUUGGGCCCUUCCCCCAGUGGGGAGACAAGAAGAAGAUCGUUGCCAUGGAUCCGUGGGGUCAUUUGGCCCCUUGGUUAUUCAAGGAUAUCAUAGAAAAGGAGAAUGUAGACAUUCGACCCACAAUCGCUAUUACCAGAGCACAUAUGAAGCUGCCUGAACUUGAGGACAGUGUUCGGAGUGGAAGGCUUGUUCCAGACGGCAAGAUUUGCUUGAAUGAUUCCGGAGAACUGGCUGUCACGAAGUUCGCGGUCGAGCCGGUCUGGUAUCUGCCUGGUGUCGCCGAACGAUUCGGAAUUGAUGAAGGCACUCUGCGACGGUCUCUUUUUGAACACACUGGAGGAAGUUAUCCGGAGUUGAUCACACGAGGUGAUAUCAAGACGUUCUUGCCGCCAAUUGGCGGACUCACUGUGUACUGUUUUGGAGAUCCGGCAAAGAUGUCUGACCCGAGUAAGCGGCUUGCGUUGCGCAUACACGACGAGUGCAACGGCAGCGACGUUUUCGGGUCCGACAUCUGCACUUGCAGGCCCUACCUGAUCUUUGGAAUCGAGGAGGCCGUCAAGGAAGCUCAGAAUGGCGGCAGCGGAGUUGUCAUCUACUUUAGAAAGGAAGGCAGAGCUCUCGGCGAGGUCACAAAGCGCGGGGAAGACCGGGCCUCCGACUACUUCAAGCGGACCGAGAACAUUGCCGGUGUCAAGGACAUGCGCUUCCAGGCUCUCAUGCCGGAUAUCUUGCAUUGGCUCGGCAUCACCAAGAUUGACAGGAUGUUGAGCAUGAGCAACAUGAAACACGAUGCGAUUGUCGGCCAAGGUAUCCCCAUCCACGAGCGCGUGGAGUUGCCCGAAUCUUGGAUCCCCGCAGACUCACGAGUUGAAAUUGAUGCGAAGAUCACUGCCGGUUACUUUACAACCGGACACCGCAUGACUGCUGAAGAGCUGCAAGCUGUCCAGGGAAGAGUGUGGGAGGAGUAA